UACUGACUCAGCGACAGGUGAUGUUUUGCAAGACGUAUUGGUUAUUGGUGUUCUGUGAAACUCUAGAUAUAUUUUUUGGAUUAUUAACAAGUUGUGCAAUCAAGACAUAAAGCCCGUAUAUAUAAAAGUAAUCUCAUACUUUUAAUAGUGACCAGUUUAUAUCAAGUACAAGUUCAAAAUGAAUCAGUUUGCUUCUCCAAUGCCUAGUAGGCAAUUUCUUUGGGACGUAUUUCAAAGAGUUGAUAGAGACAGAAGUGGGUUUAUUAAUGCAGAUGAACUUGGAUCCGCCCUUUCUAAUGGAACCUGGAGUCCUUUUAAUCCCGAAACUGUUAGAUUAAUGAUCGGUAUGUUUGACAGGAAUAGUCGAGGACAAGUUAGUUUUGAAGAUUUUGGUGCUUUAUGGAAAUAUGUUACUGAUUGGCAGAACUGCUUCAGAUCGUUUGACAGAGAUAAUUCUGGUAAUAUUGAUAAAGAAGAAUUAAAAACUGCUCUUGUUUCUUUUGGUUAUAGGCUUUCGGAUACUUUAAUAAAUUUACUGGUAAGAAAAUUUGAUAGGCAUGGAAAUGGAACAAUAUUGUUUGACGAUUUCAUCCAAUGCUGUAUUGUUUUAUAUACACUCACUUCUUCAUUCAGACAGUACGAUACUGACCAAGAUGGCUACAUCACAAUUCAUUAUGAGCAGUUUUUAACAAUGGUGUUUAGUUUAAAAGUCUAAAUGAUUACUUAGGAAAAAACUUUGGUUGUAAAGUCAAACUUGUGCCAAUUAUAUAUUUAUAUUUUUUUCUUACACUGGCACAGUUUCUGGCAACAGCUAAUAAAUGAAAUGUCUGGACUAUAUUUAUAUAACAUUUCAUUAAAAUAUUGUGAUAAAAGUGGAUAGAAUUUUUAUUUCUAAUUUGGUUCAUUGAGAUUUGUAUAAAUAUUUCGUGCUCGAAACUUUUAGAAAAUUGGAUAUAGUUGACAGCAUGAAUUAUAUCCACUUCAUCACAAUAUAAUUGUGCAUUUAUCAAUAAAUGAUAUAUAUAUAUAUAUAUAUAUAUAUAUAUAUAAUGCCUCUACCUCUAUUUGUAAAUUUUGUAAAGUGUUACUAUAAUUUGUUAUAAGCUGUAAGGAAUAUAAAAAAGUUAUAUUUCCAAAUUAUUGUAACAUGCCAUUUGGCUUGUUAUAUUUUUCUUCGAACCUUUUGAAUAUUCUUUGGUUCACGUAUUGUGGUACCAUGGUCAACUCUAAUUUAUUUAUUCCAGCAUUAGAAUUUUGAGAGAAAAUAAUUUUUUAUCGACCUCCCACUCCAUUCGUUGAUAAAUCGUCCUCUAUUUACCUACAUUCUAAAAGUAUUACACUCAAAGCAAAUUUUAGUACAUUUGUGGUGAUAUUCAGUUCUACAGCUGUCAGGUCCAAAAGUCUCUAUCAAUACACCAUAAACUCAACUCCAACAACUGGGAAUCCAGUUGAGUGCUGCAACAAUCCCGAAUAAAUAGAAAGUACGAAUUUAUAUGAAAACUAAUACAAAAUUUACUCAAAACAAAAGUAAAUUCAUAAAGAUAACUGGAAGUUUUGUCACAACUUUUCCUCUUAUUCAUUAUUGAAUUUUUCUUUUAAUCUAUGUUAAUACAUUGUAAGGAUGGAAAACCAAAACGUAUUUUUUAUAUAAAUUUAGGUUGAAAUUAUGAAUAAAUUAGUUUAGGAAUGAUAUUGAACGUUUAGUAACACUUUUCAUUUGAUUAUACUGUUUGUGAUAUUUUUGUAAUAAAAAUUAUGCACAGUAUUUACAUCAAUAUUUGAUACCUGCUUAUUUUAGUUAUCAAAUAAUCGUUUAGUUUCGCCGCUUUAACUAUAAACAUUUUUAUAUAGUGUAUUCUAUACAUAUAUAAAGUAUUUAAAUAAUGGUAUAGAUAAAUAAGGAUUGAAUAUUUCAAGUAUUUUUGUCAAUAAACUGUUAUUAGAAAACCAAACAAUAAAAAUAGUAGUAGGGAUUCAAGAAACUUAGUUUUUAAGAUAGGAAAUAAUGAGAUACAUGAAAAACUUUUUGUAUAAGUAUGAAUUUCAGAACUAAUCUAUUGGCAACAGCCAUAAAAAUGAAUAGAGAAUCUCAUCUUAAGUUGAUUUUUUGAGUGAAAAACAUUUAUUUUAAAUUGAAAUUAUAUCUGUAUUCUAUAUCUAAAAAGAGUCGCAUAAUGUGGCUUCUAGAGUUUUUUUUCAAAGACUUCACAUUCUGUGAUUCAAAAACAACUUGACUUGAGCGGAGUAUUCUCUUUUAAAUGGAGAUAGAAUGCAGAUUUUUUUAUUAACUGACUGAAUACAAACCAUUAAGAAUUUACAUACUAACUUGAUAAUCCCAACCAAAACUUCUCUUUCAGAUAUGUUUUUUAUAGCUAAAAAAUGAGCGUUCAAAUUUUCAAGGAAUAAAUGUAUCUAGGGCUACACUAUUAGUGAAUAGAAGAAACUUCUAUAUUUCAGUGGACACACUUUAUUUUUUAACAUAAAAUAUGAGUUUCCGGUACAAUACCCUACUUUCCUGAUCAUUUGUGAUAAACUGAACUGUUUUGUGGAUUCCAACAAUUCAUUUAUAAGUUUUUGCUGAAAUGUUUAUAUUUCUGGAGAAUAUCAUUGUUUAAAAAACAUGACAAUCAUAAUGCUUGAGGAAAAUUGAAAGUAAAGGAAAAAAUAAAAUGUUACUUUACUUUUUCGCCUUUCAUUGACAGAUAGAAGAAGUGUAAAAUAGUGCAAAGAAGAUUAAAAUACAAUCACGUGGAAAUAUUUUGUCAGAUAUUGAUAGUUAGGUGCUCCAACGUAUCUAUGGUACAUACGCUAGAUUACAACAGACAAAACAUUUUACUCUAGUAUGUUUUAAUAUAUUCAUAAAUGAUAUCAAUGAGCCUUAAAAAUGCUUUUAAAAUUUUUUAUGUAUUUGGCAAAAACUUGUGGGUUCUUUCAUCCUUAUUUUUUUGAAUAGUUUCGACAAUAAGUCAAACCAUUUUCGAGCAGUAUUCUUACCAGAUCUCAGAUACUGCAACCAACUUAUCUCCAUCAUGUAUAUUCUGUUCCCUACUCUUUUGUUCAUCGAAACGAAUUGCUAAUAAUAAGGUGAGAAACCUUUUUAGAUUCACGACAAAUAUCCCUUCCUGUUCCAUCUGUUACAAAUAGUCCCUCAACAUCUUCAUAUACUCCACAUAACAACAGAAGACCAAAAAAUGCUUUUGGUUCGGUUUUAUCAAUGUGUUGCAUAGAGGUGUGACGGUAUUACCAUAAUUAAAUUUGCACUCAAGUCAGUGAUAUUAGCUCUAAUGGUAUUUCAAGAAUAUUGUCAAUAAAUGGUAAAGACCAGUCUUCUUCUGCAAUUUACUUAACUUCUUGAUUACUCCUUAGUUCACUUAAAUGUUCCACAUAGUAUUCUAGUUCUCUUUGCGUCACUUUGAUUUAGUCACUUAAGUGGUAUUGUGGGGUGAUUCGACACCAUCAAUCUGCUACUAGCACAAAAUGGUUUUAUAAAAAAAAUAUUUUCUUCUAUUUGUUGUAAACUAAUCUGUAAUAGAUUACCUGAAAUAAGAGGAAACAAUAACCAAUAUUUUUAUUGUAGCCUUAGAGAAUAUUUACUGUGGGGCAUUACAAUACCCCACGAUACCAGUUGAUUAUAUGAUAAGUAUUUAAACCAUGUUACUUCAAUUCGACGUGUCCAACGAUUUCCCAAGAUCAAUUUUUUCACUAUUUUGAAGAAUAUAUACAUUGUGGAAGGGCUCAACAGGUUGUAUUAACUGAUUAUAUGCCAAAUUCUUUGAUUGGGUUAGGUUAGUUACCUGUUUUUGUUUUUAUGAGGGCAAGUAUCUCACAGUCAAAAUAGUUUGAUUGUCACAGAUAAAAUAUUAGAAAAAGUAAUAUCAUAUAAUUACUUCAAUCCAAAUUUGUAUUUAAACCAUUAUAUUAGCCCAAUAAAAUGAGGAAUCGAAUAACCAUCAUUCAAUCAACUUAUUGGAAAACACAGUCUUGGCUUUCGGAUGGUAAUUUGAAUUCUAAUUUUAUGGGUCUAAAUCAUUAGUAGAAAAAUUUAAUUAUAUCUGCUUGAUAGAAACACUAUAAAAAAUUGGUAUAUUGUUCUUUUUCUUAUUUUCAACACAUUUUAUGUAAAAUAUGAUAUUGGUUUCUCUUAUGUUAAUAGUAGAUCAAAGAAGUUGUUAUACGAGUAUAAUAAUUUGGAUUUAUCCUUUCAAUUUGUAUUUUCAUUGAAAAAAACAUUUAGGAUAAGCGCCAGAGCAAAAAAAGUAGGUUCAUAAUAUGUUCAGGGGUGUCCCCUCAGUGUAAAUUCAAGUAGUUGUCAUGGGGGCGCCCGCGUCAGCCGCCAUCUUGAAAAACACGUUUUAUCGAAUAUCUCGUGAACCGCACAUCAUACGACAAAAAUACUGGAGAUCAUUUUUAUAGAUAAUAAUUGUUGCCAUCUUUUUUAUUUGAAACUUUUUUUUGUAUAGCGCAUAGGUUUUUAAUUAUAGCGUUCCAAACUUUUUAAAAUAUGGUAUUUGCUAAAUAUAUAGUGAACGGUUCAUGAUAAAUUAAAUAUUGUAAAAAUUUUGAGCGCUAUAUAUACAUAAAUAUGUUUCAAAUAGAAAAGAUUGCGAAAAUUAUUAUGUAUAAAAUUGAUCCUCACUAUUUUUGCCUUAAGAUGCGCGGUUUGCGAGAUAUUCGAUAAACCGUGUUUUUUAAGAUGGCGCCUAACGUCUUCUUGGAUUUACAUCCAGCAUACACAUACACCCUUGAACUUAUUCCAAAAAAAAGUCCUUUUCUAUAACUUAGCAAAAAAAGUACACGGCGCUUGGCCUAAUUAAUAAAAUUAAAUAUGAUAUCGACGUUAACUAGCUUCGAUAAUUUCUAUCUUUUAUAAUAUGUAUUUUUGUAUCCAUAAGCUUUUAAUAAUAAUGAAUGUUAUAAAACAAA